UAUAUGGAAGAGACGGUGACAGAGCACACCUGGUGGGGAGGCAGCGCAUUUCUAGAGCGACGUCCGGAGCACCGUGGAUCGGUUUUACUGCAGAGAAGGUUCUGGUCCUGCUGGGCUCCAAGUCUGAGCUUCUGCUGCAGCCACAGCAUCUUCUCCAUCCGCAUCCUGAGAGUGGAGGACGGCGAGCCGCCACCAGUCCACGCCGUCAGCGCGUUGUGUCUGUGCCACCUGGCAGGCUCUGAGCGCAGCUCCAGGACCCAGAACAAAGGAGAGGACCUGAAGGAGGCUGGAAACAUCAACGCCUCGCUGCUCAUUCUGGGCAAAUGCAUCAAGGCUCUGCAGCACAACCAGCACACCAGGCUCCUGCAGCACGUCCCAUUAAGGGAGAGCAAGCUGACCCACUACCUGCAGGGCUUCUUCUGCAGCAGCAGCAAGGCCUGCAUGGUGGUCAACGUCAGCCAGUGUGCCUCCAUGUACGACGAGACCCUCAACGUCCUCAAGUUGUUGAGCCUUAAGUUCUGAUAUCCAAUUAGAACAUCAGUUCACUCCCAAACAUUUAGCACUGCUGUCUUUGUAAAAUGAACUGAGCAGCAAUCUAAUCACAACGGGGAAGCAGCCAUUAUGUUUUUGACUCAGACGAUUCAUCAGCCUACCUUCCCUAAGAUCACCGCUGCAUGACUGAAGAACUUCCCCUGGAGCCGCAGCACCAGAGCGCUCUGAGGUCUCGGUAGAGCCGCUUGAUGUAGUCAGGAUCCAGCAGAGUGAACGCUGGACUUGCUUUGGCUUGAACGGACAUCAGCCUCCAUGAAUACCAGGUCAUCCAUGUUGCUGUUCAUUAACACCGUGCUAACUUUUCCACUGUGGAGGCUCACCUUGGUACAAUCACAUAGCAGAGCCGUCCGCACCAAGUGACGACCCAAGAUGGUUUAAAAUGUCCUGGUGGAGGUUGUGAUCUCCAGGCUCCUCCCCGUCGUUCCUCCUGCUUCCUGCAGCAGGAAGACGCUGCAGAGCAGCAGCAGCUCCCUGACCGGCUGGGAAGCCAGUCUGGAAGACCUUCAGCAGGGUGAAGACCAAGACUCCAGUCUGAUGGAGGACAGCAUGGAGGAGACGGCUGACAAGGCGGCGCCACGUUUACCUUCAUUCUGACGUCAGAACCGCAGCUUCGUCCCUCCUCCUCUUCAUCAGCUGCUGCUGCAGAUUUCUGCAGGAAACCAAGCAGCUUGUGGUCGGGUCUGCAUGUCCAGGAAGCGGUCCGAUAAAAGCCCGUCUCUAGUUCCUAGGCUGGGCUUUUCCUGCUGGACCCGAUGGAUGGAAAGAGUUUUUGGACCUGACCUUGAACCUUGACCUUUGGCCUCAGACUGACCUGAUGAGACCGUCAGAGAGCAGUUCUGAUUGGCUGUCAGUGAAGCUCUGUAAACAUAUUGACUUGAUCUACUUUAGUCCUCUUUCUAUUAAAUACUGACGUAAAUCUAUCUGCAGCCAGUUGAGUUUCAUCUUUUUCUGCUGGAUUUGAUCCACCAGACAAACUGUUUCUGUCUCCUGAUUUAUGGACUGAUAGAAAGAAGCUAUUUAGUGCCUGACAUCACAGCAUUGUGAAAUUACACAAUGUGUUUCUUAGGUAGAACUUUUGCUUACUAACCAGAAGCUUCUAGUAACUCUGGUUGACAUUGACA